UUACUGCUGUGUGUGGUGUGUCUGGCUUCACGGUCCGCGGCUGCUGCAUUUGUCGGAAGAGCGGAGAAGAUGGCAGACGGAGCUGGUGUGGAUGGAGACAAACUCAGCAAAAAUGAGCUGAAAAGGCGCAUGAAAGCUGAGAAGAAAGCAGCUGAGAAGGAAGCCAAGGUCAAAGAACAGCAGGACCAAAAGGAGACCAAUGACAAGUCAGAGCAAAAUGCAUGUGAGGCUGAUGAGGAAACCUUGGACCCGAAUCAAUACUUCAAGAUUCGUACACAAGCCAUUCAGGCCUUGAAGGGAACCGCUGAAGACCCAUACCCUCACAAAUUCAACGUGGACUUGUCGCUCACAGAGUUCAUUGACCGUUAUAACAACCUUCAGCCAGGGGACCACUUGACAGAUGUCAUCCUCAAUGUAUCAGGUCGUAUCCACGCCAAGAGGGCUUCAGGUGUCAAGCUGCUGUUCUAUGACCUGCGAGGAGAGGGAGUCAAGCUGCAGGUCAUGGCCAACUCCAGGAACUACAAAUCAGAAGAAGAUUUUUUGCACAUCAACAACAAAUUGAGGCGUGGGGACAUCAUUGGGGUCCGGGGGAACCCUGGCAAGACUAAGAAGGGCGAGCUGAGCAUUAUCCCGAUCGAGAUGACUCUGUUGUCUCCAUGCCUUCAUAUGCUUCCCCACCUUCACUUUGGCCUGAAAGACAAGGAAACCAGAUUCCGCCAGCGAUAUCUGGACCUGAUUCUUAAUGACUUUGUGAGACAGAAGUUUGUGACCCGCGCCAAGAUCAUCACCUUUCUCCGUAAAUUUCUGGACGAUCUUGGGUUUCUUGAGAUCGAAACACCAAUGAUGAACCUCAUACCCGGUGGUGCUGUAGCAAAACCAUUUAUUACCCACCACAAUGAGCUCAACAUGAAACUCUACAUGAGAAUUGCUCCUGAGCUUUACCAUAAGAUGUUGGUAGUCGGAGGAUUUGACCGUGUGUAUGAAAUCGGGCGUCAGUUCCGUAAUGAAGGCAUCGAUCUCACCCACAACCCAGAAUUCACCACAUGCGAGUUCUAUAUGGCUUACGCCGACUAUCACGACCUGAUGGAAAUCACAGAGAAGCUGCUCUCAGGAAUGGUGAAGCACAUCACUGGAGGUUAUAAGGUGACGUAUCAUCCUGAUGGUCCGGAAGGACAAGCCUGUGAAAUAGACUUCACUCCUCCCUUCAGACGCAUCAGCAUGACUCAAGACCUGGAGAAGGAAUUGGGGGUGAAGUUCCCAGCUCCUGACACCUACGACAGUGAUGAAACACGCAAGUUCUUAGAUGACCUUUGUGUUCAGAAAGAAAUUGAAUGCCCUCCUCCCAGGACGACUGCCCGUCUUCUGGACAAGUUAGUGGGAGACUUCCUGGAGGUGAAGUGCAUCAAUCCAACUUUCAUCUGUGAUCAUCCACAGAUCAUGAGUCCUCUGGCAAAAUGGCACAGAUCCCAGAAAGGUCUAACUGAGCGAUUUGAACUGUUUGUGAUGAAGAAGGAGAUCUGCAACGCCUACACAGAGUUGAACGAUCCCAUCAGACAACGAGAACUGUUUGAGCAGCAGGCUAAGGACAGGGCAGAGGGGGACGAUGAGGCAAUGUUUAUAGACGAAACCUUCUGCACUGCCUUAGAGUACGGCCUUCCACCCACGGCAGGAUGGGGCAUGGGCAUCGACCGCCUCACAAUGUUCCUCACAGACUCCAACAACAUCAAGGAGGUACUUCUCUUCCCAGCCAUGAAACCUGAAGAAAAUAAACCAGCUCCACCUGCAGAGGGCACAUCAGUGUAACGCCGUCGCUGACUUUCUAAUAUGAAUGAAACACCACACCUGUGGAUAUCUUCCAUCUCUGGAUUUCCUGAUUCACUCUGAACUGUCAAAGUUAUUCUCCCUUUUGAGGGUUAUAGCCUAAAUAUUUAGGACCUAUGCACUGUCCAUACUGAAGGGAAAUAUUUCAGCAUAUCUUUUAACGACCAGCUCACAGUUUUAUGGGGAAUAGGAACCCUGGUGUCCUUUCUUUGUUACCCAUUGUCAAUUUUCUGGAUUUUUGUGGCCUGGGGUUGAUUAAAUAUGUUUCUAAACUAUGUUUGGAUGUUUUAUGAUCUUCUGUCCAACUGUGGUUUUUUAACGGGCUUAAUGGCUGUUCAAUUGAAUCAUUAAAUAAUUAUUUGGACCAGCCAAAUGGUUUGUGGGUUUUGUUUCCAUAUUGCAUCUUGUGCUUUUUGUUCAAAUAAGAGACAUUCCCUUACAAAAAAAUACAAAUAAAGCACUCUUAUGUUAAA